AAAAUUGAGCACUCAUAAGCCCAGGGCGCUCUGCAAAGGGCAGACCGGCGGCAGGCAGCAGAGCAGGUGCAGAAACACCACCAGCUUCAGAGUCCACCGGCCACGACGCCCCAUCAGCCGACCAAAAGAUGCGCUUCAGUAACCUCUUCUUCAUCCUCUUCCUGGCCUUCCUCUGCCUCACGCUCGCACAAGGAGCCUAUGAGGACUGUUGUCUGAGGUAUGUGGCAGCAGUUAAGAAAAGUACCAGAAGGACGGUGGUGCGGUAUAAGAAGCAGGAAGUGGACGGAGGCUGCAACAUCCCUGCCAUCGUGUUCAUCACGAAAAGAGGUAAAUCCUUCUGUGCCGACCCAAAAGAGCAGUGGGUUAAGAAGCUCAUGAGCAUCCUGAACAAACAGGCUGGAAAGCCCUCAAAGGGACCCAGGAAGAAUUCCAAAGCCUGAGGAGAGACCCGCACAAGCCCACACAUACCCUGCCCAACAACGGCCACCGGCACCACAUCGACUCUCUUCGGCUGAUCUCAUUAAAACCAACGGGAUGCAGAAAGACCCCCCACUUUGACUGAUCCCAGAACAGAAGUUUCUGCCACUCAACCCAGCUCAGAUGGCCAGUCGAGCAGAGGGAUUGAUAUCACUGAUAUUCACACAUACCACCUACACCACACAUUUGAUUAGUGUUCAGGGUACAUUUUACACACCAGGUCCUCCUGCCUACAGAAAUUACUGUAUUUUUAUUCUUUGGGAAGCAUAUAAAUUUCCCCUGUGAUUAAAACUAGCCUUUUUCCUUAAACGAUGUCAGCUGAGGUUGAUUUUUGUGCUGCAGGACCUGUGAAUGUGAAGGGAGAAUGUAUUUUGUAACAUAAAGUAACUUUUCAUGUGCUAAGCUGCUUGAGGGAAAGGGGUUAGCAAGAGGACUAACAACAGAGUCGCAGCCGCAUGGCUCCUACCACAUUUAACAUUCAGCUCUCUGCGUCUGUGUAUCACUAUAAGCUCAUACUCUUACCUUCCAAUAGCUAUUAUUGUGAAGAUAUUAUUAUAGUGAAUUAAUAAAGUUACAUUGUAUUUUUUAA